AUGAGAGAGAAAGGCAUUGGAGGUCUCUAUGGAUUUCCCGUAAAAAACGGAUAAAUGAAAAUUGGCUAUAGAGUACUAAAAUGGAUCAACCCAACGGAUAAGGUUAAUUAAAAGGUGAAGACAGCUUUCUCUGCAGAAUCCGAAAAAAAUGUGCCACUCUUUGGUUUUUAAAUAAUCAAGCAAUUCAUUUCAGAGCAUAUUCCAGAGGUACACAAGAUUGACGGCACUAGUCUUUGUUGGUAUUCCGAUAGUGAGUAUAAUGACUUUCUCAUCUCUUACUCGCCAUCUUAUGCUGAAAAGUCUCUCUUCACUAUUGCUGGGGAUUCGGGACAUGAAUUUAUGAUGUUUGGUAGUAUAGGUGAGAUUGUUGCCGAUAAUAAUAAUCUUGAAUCAAUCACCAGAUCCAUUUUUGAGAGACCUUUUUCGUGGACAAGGAAAAGAGAGGUCCUGAACCAUAUUAAUAAGGGUCCUGGCGAUCCUCCUGCAUUAUGCAACCAACUUAUGGCUACUAGAGGCGACUGGACAAUUAGAGGAAUAUCUAAGUUAUGAUAACAGCUCUAUAUAUAAUAAAGGUAUUGUCUUCUCCAGCACUAAGUUGUGCCUCCCAAUGAGUGGUGAAACCAGUGAAUGA